AUGUCGAAAAGUUUAGAUCGAGUGACUGUUCUUGAUGAAUAUACACGAAAUCGAAAUACUCAACAUCAUUUAAAUGCACUUGAACGUGACAAUUACGCGGUGAUUCCUGAAAUUGAGAUCAUGUCAGGAACCAUAACAAAACCACGAAGAGCUUCUGAAGUUGAUGUUAGUGUCAAUAAAAAAACCAAAGCAAGAAAUAAAAAAGAGCUUGUGAAACAAUUGGCAGUAAAAAGAACUUUGAAUUCUUUAAUAGAAGAAGCAGGACUUGAAGAACUUCCAUCAGAUGUUCCUAAUUAUCUUACAGCUGCAGUUGGACCUUCUAAAUUUCCUUCAAGGAAAUUUUGCUCAGUCUGUGGAUUCUUAUCAAAGUAUACUUGUAGAACUUGUGGAAUGAAAUAUUGUAGUUUAAAAUGUUUAGAAACUCACAAAGAAACAAGUAUGGGUGGAUUAACUGAUUUAACAUUAGAAGAUAAGCCAACUCAUGUUCGUGAAGGUUAUCUAACAACCAAUUCUGAAACCUUUUCAUUACUAUUACCACCGAAUAAUUCAUCAGCCACCAACCAAGAAAACGUGAUAGGAAAGGUAGGCUACAUGAAAGCUUCAUUUAGUGACGAUGGAAGUUUACCAUGUAAUAGUGGUAAAAAAUUAGAGAUUUUAGAAUCAGAUCCUUUAAUGUUACAGACAGUAAAUUCAAUAAUCGAUUUAUCAAGAUAUAGACUUAGUUUUAUAGCAGAUAAUCUUGCGCGUUUGUUAGAGACCAUAUCAAAGACAACAUUACCGAAUGCUACCGAAGAAAACAUUCCGAUUGAUAUUUUGCAAUCUCAAUUAUUCAUUAUUAAAAUACUUUCAGCAUGUGUAAUAAAUCAUUGGACAUUCGUUCAAGGAAUAAAUCGUUCAUUAGCAAAACAACCACAAUCAGAAACUACCCAAACACCUUUGGGAGGUUCCAAAUCCAAUCAUAACUAUCAUAAUUCCACAAAUGGUCAUAGAGUAUUCAUACCACCAAAAUCAUCUAAUGAUCCUCCUCCAUUAGAGGAUUUUCUUGCUAAAUUUAUUUUAAGUGUUUUAUCAAGGCAUGCUGGCCAUGUUAUUUUUUACAUAAGCGCCUCAAAUUGGAAUGUUGUAUUUUCAAGAAUUAAGAGCAGAAUAGGUUAUUUGACAUCUACAAAUGAUGACUGGCCAGAGACUGCAGAAUUAAAAUUUUUGGAAUGCUCUGAUUUAAAUUCAAAAAGAUUGUCAAUAGUUAUACAAGAGUUAUGUGGUUCAUUCCUUAAUCUUAAAAAGUCGGCACAAUUAGCUAUGGCCCAGGUUUUACGUAAAUCUAUUUGGAAUUGGAUUAAAGUUUUUCCUGAAGAAUUUAUAGCUUUAUGUCAAAGUGAAAAACGUCUGGAAGGUGGUCCUGAAAUUUUAUUUGAUAUUUGUAAUAAUCUAGCUGAUAACAACCGUAGGAAACAAUUUUUUUGGCCAUUACAGACAAUGUUGUUGAUUUUGUGCCCUGAUAUUCUUCAUAGUGCGGCAUCGAGUGAACGUACACCCGUUAUGUCAAAAAAAGUGGCUUUUCUUGAGAAUUUGAAAAGUUCUCUAAAAAGGCCUCGUUUAGCUGAAGUUGCCGUUGAAUGUUAUGUUGAUAUAUGUAAAGCUUCAACUUAUGUGUCUAGGAAAGAUUCAAAAGCUUUACGUUUGAUUGUACCAGAAAUCGAGAAUGAUUUACAGGAAAGACUUUUUGAUCCUGCUAGAAGCUUGACAUACGAUAAUCAAUUUGAUCAAAGCCUUAUGACUGAUUGUUUGAUUGCCUUAUUCAAAUUAAACGAUACUACUUUAAAAUCAUUAAUUCCGGUCUGUCUAAAUGAAAAUGCACCGAGUGUUUUCAAAUUAGUAUUGGUUAAAAGCUGUUAUGUUAUUGCUUCAGAUGAAAAUAAAUUUCCUUGGAACCCGCAGCUUUCAACAAUGUAUCCUGUUCUUGCUGCACCACUUCGAAGUUUAUUUCAUCAAUAUAUUACCAGUCGUGAUAAGUUAGAUGUUAAGAAAAAGAAGCAAACAAAAGAAAGACCAGACGAAACCAACGAAAGAAUGGAAAUUAUUUUAACGAUCUUGAAAUUGUAUAAAUCUGAUCCUUUGCUAGUACUUAUACAUAGUGAUGCAAACGAGAACCCUGAGGAGAUUCAAAUGGUCAUUUACGGGAUGACUCUAUGUGUAAACGAUUACAAUCCUGUAAUUCGCACCACUGCAGCCGAAACAUUAUUAAAGUUACAUGAUUUAAAAUACAUUGAACAAUGGAGUCCAAAUGGUAAAAAGAUGCGUAAUUUUUGGGCUAUCAGUUCACAAGUUAUGUUAGCUAUUGCUAGGCAAAUAUUAGAAUAUAAAGAACCUGAAGAGAGUACAAAAUAUUUGCUUGAUCUUUUACUUCAAUUAUUUAAACGACGUAACGAAUUCUUAAAAGCUCAUAAGGAUGAAUCUCACAUUGGCAUUAAUACACCUGAAAGGCUUGGCUGUAAUAUUGUACUUGAAAUUGCAUUAUUAGUUUUGUUAUGCUCAUCAGAUACAGAAAUUUGUUCAAUGUCAAUGAGUUGUUUUGGUCAUUUAUGUCAAGAGGCUCAGCUAACUGCUGAACUUAUAGGCGACGAAGUAGACAUUCAAGCUGUUCCACCCUCAGAAUUACCAAUUGUAGAGAAUAUGGAUGUAUAUUUGGAGUUAUCUUCAGAACCAUCCAUAGUUCCAGGACGAAUUGCACAACAAAAACGUAUAAGAAAGUUACUUCGGUUGAUGAAGAAACCCACCCCAGGAAAUCUUGCAGCAUGGGAAGAAGCUUAUAAACGUUGGAAAGUAUUGACAUCAUUGAUUGCAAGGUCAACAGAUGACCAAACAAUAUCAGAAGAUAUGGGCAAAAAAAGAAUGGCAAAAAUGGCUAAUCAAUUUACUGUAGUACCUACAGAUUCUCAAUCAAAUGAAUGGCUGAAUUACACUGGAUUUCUUGCAGCAAUAGGAGGGUGUUGUGUUAACGAAAAGCAAAUAAAUAUAAAUGGUGAUGGCAGAUUUUAUGAUCCUUCAGGAAAUGAACAUAAUGAACAUAUAAUUGUAGGUCCUCAAGGAUCAGAUUAUCAUUCAAUGGCCGAGCAAUUUGUUCAAGAGAUGUUUGAUUUGUUGGUAUGUGAUACAGUUUAUGUUCGUGAAAAUGUUAAAGAGAUGCUUGGUUCAGAAUUGAGUCCAAGAUUAUAUGUUAUUCUUUUUCGAAAUCUUGAGUCAGUUGUUUCACGGUUUUUUGAUGCAGAUGGGGAGGCAAAGUCAAAUGAAAGAUGCACAAUUUUUGCGGAACAAGCAAUAUCUAUUUUGAAAUUGAUACUUGAACGUAUUCAAGAUGCAUCCGAAAAUUUGUAUACAGUUGAUCUUGGUGGACUUGUUUUAUCAUUUGCCCGAUAUUUAAAUAGACUAGAAUCCAACAGUGUGGCACUUCGUGUCAAAAAAAAGAUGUGUCAACUCGCCGAAGUAUUAAUGAUCAAGAAAGAUUAUAUUACCCUCCGGCAAGAGAUCAAAUUAAGAAAUAAAUUAUUAGAAAUAUUUAUUGAAUGGACAUUGGAUUAUUCUAUGAAAACUGAUGGAAAAGGCAAUGAUGAUAUUUCAUCGAGUAAGAGUGAACGAAUGCAUCGUGAUCUAGAUCAGGCUUGUUUAAAAGCAAUUGUUUCCAUUUUGGCACAAUUGCCUUUACAACCAUCGGAGACAGUACAUGAAGCAGAUCUUAGCCUUGUUAAAUCACGUUUAUUUUAUAAAUAUUUCACAUUUUUCAUAAAAUUGUUAAAUCGAUGUCGUAUUUUAGAAGCCAUUGAUAGCGGAACACAAUCUGCAAAAAAUAAUCCUGAUUUACAAUUGCUUUUGUCAAGGUCUAAAGAAUAUGUCAAAGAUCUAGGUCCAUUGAAAGAUUACACUAUUUUGGCAUUAAGUAAUUUGCUUAGUGCUAAUGUGGAUUCAGGACUAAAGCAUUCUCUUUCGAUGGGUUACCAUGAAGAUACUAAGACAAAAACUGCUUUUAUGCAAGUACUUACAAACAUAUUAAACCAGGGCACCGAAUUUGAAGGACUUGCUGAAAAUGCAAUGGAUGAUAGAUUUGAUAAGCUUGUGGAGCUAAUAACUGAUUCUGAUUUGAGUAUUGCGCUUUCACUUUGUGAAGUCUGUCCUGUGUCUGAUAUUGAUGAAGUUUCCCGAGUGCUUUUAGCUGUUUUUGAUUCACGUCAUCAAACCAUGCCUUUGCUAAAAGCUAUUAUUGAAAAAGAAGUAGCAAAUACAGAAUAUGAGUCAGAUUUAUUCCGUCGCAAUUGUAUGGCCACUCGUAUGUUGACAGCCUUCGGCAAAACUCAUGGAGCUGAAUAUUUACGUAAAACCUUACAGCCACUUUUGGCUAAUUUGUUAAAUCAACAAAAUGAUUUUAGUUAUGAGCUUAAUCCUGCAAAUUUAGGACCUGAUGAAGACAUUUCAAAAAAUUUACAGAAUUUGAUAAAUACUGCAAAAUCAUUUUUAGAUGGUAUAUGUGCAUCAGGCCUCUGUCAUUAUAUUGGAAAAUCUGUAGAAAAAAAAUAUCCACAGGCGAAAUGUACAACUAUUGGUGCUUUUAUAUUUCUUCGAUUUUUUAAUCCAGCUAUUGUGGCACCAGAUAGUGAAAAUCUUUGCGAUACCAUAAAAAACGCAAAAAUCCGCCGAACAUUAUUGCUAGUUACCAAAGUUAUACAAAAUCUUGCAAACAAUGUUCUUUUUGGUGCAAAAGAACCCCAUAUGAUUUUGUUGAACAAUUUUUUGGAUGAUAAUAUUGUUAAGAUGACUGCUUUUCUUGAAGAAGUUUCCGAAUUACCUGUUGCUUCACAACUUUCCGAACACAAAUCAAGGGAGGCAUCUAAUAUACAUAGAUUAAGUGAUGCUAAUCGGAAAGCAUUCCAUAGACAUCUUGUUGAAAAUCAAGAAAGAAUUGCUAAAGAUCUUCAAACACGUAGGGUAAAAUCGAUUGGCACUACAGUGCACAAUAAUAUAUCUUUAGAUUUUACUUAUGCAAAUAAAAAGUCUUGGGAUAAAAUUUCAACUCUUCUUGCACAAAUUGGUCCACCAAUUGAAAGUCAGAAGAAAGAUUUUGCUGUCAUUGGAACAAAUCAUUUUGAAACAAAUAAUCAGCUUUUUUCAGAAUUUAUGCGUAGAAAUGCAAACAGAAACAUCGAUUCAAUAGUAUCUAAAGAAAUAUUUUACAAAGGAGGUGUUUCAAAAGAAAAAAGACCAUUAUUUUAUUUAAUUUUACGUAGACUUGAGCCUGAUUACAUAGAUAUGGAUCUUUUAAUGUAUCAUAUUUUACAUAUUAUUGAGCCGUUUAUGACCAAACCUUUGAGUGAAUUAUAUGAAUACAUUGCACCACAUGAAGUUCGAUUACCAAAAGGCACAGCACAACUUGAUACAGAUAAUACCAUUACAUCAUAUAGUCAAAUUGUAAAAUUAGCACAUUAUAAAGCACCAAUGCCAGUGACUAUGAAAAUUGGCGGUGAAAAUAUCCAAGUUAUAACGGCUAAAAAACAAGAUUUAAUUUUUGGAUUGAGCUGUCAACUUAAUGAUGUAUUUCAUGUAUCAGAGAUUGAGGAUAUUACAUUUUCAUCUAAUAAAAAUGUUAACAAUGAAUUUGCAAUUAAACAAAAUGGCAGACCAUCAUUUAUAUUUGCAAGUCCAAUGAGAGACACAAUUAUGCAGGCCAUUCGUACUUCUAAAGCAAAAUACCAAAUAGCAAAACCAAGUAAAGUCACUGAAAGAAUUUUAAGACCAAAUGAUGUACCAGGAACUUUGCUAAAUAUGACAUUAUUUAAUAUUGGAAGUGAAGAUCCUAAUCUUAGGCUGGCUGCAUAUAAUCUGCUGGUCUCUCUAAGUAAUGUAUUUAACUUUGAUGUAGGAAAUCAAUUAUUGGCUACAAAAGGUUUAUGUAUUCCAGCAAAUAAUACAAAUUUUAUAGUUGGGAUAAGUGAAAAACUUGCUGCUUCAGAAAGUCGACUUACUCUUGAUUUUCUAAGGGAAUUUUUUGUUGGGUUCAACAAGUCAAAUACACCAACAAAACAUUUAUGUCUUCAAUAUAUGGCUCCUUGGUUGUUAAAUUUGGGUCAAUUUAUUAAAAAUCCAUCAGGAAAUCCGCAAACAAACAAUAAAACAAGAGACAUAAUCCGAAAACUGAUUGAUCUGACAGCAAGAGAAAUUGAUUUAUACACUACCGUUCAGUCUAAAAUUUGGAGUACUUUAGCCAAUGUAAAUGAAAUCACAAAUUUAAUAAUCGAUGAAUUUUUACUGUAUGCUGUUGAACAUGGUAUAAAUUCUACACAAUCUGAAACUGUAGCCAACACCAUAGUAACUUUAUCUUCACCAAGCAUCCGUGGAAAAAUAAUAGCCAGAUUGAGAAAGGUUAUUUCAAGAACUUCUUUAAAAGCAACAAAAACUCUUACUGAUAAUCCUGAAUGGCCUGAAAUCGCAGUUUUGGUCCGGUUUAAUUUAAUGUUAUCAUUUAAUAAUGGAAAUAUUCACCAAUAUCUGCCUGAAUUAUUUUAUAUUGUUUCAGUUUUGGUAGCAACUGGCCCUCCAAUUAUAAGGGCAUCAGUUCAUGGACUUAUUGUAAAUUUAGUUCAAUCGUUAUGUACAUCAAUGCCAUUAGAAGAUUCCAAUAUGAAAAAACUUGGUUUAUUAUUGAAUGAAUUAUCUGAACCUAACUACCGUUACUUUUUUGGGCUAAACAAUGUAUUUGGAAAUGCUUUUAUGAUUUCUCCAGAAUCUAUUAAUGAUAUAUCAGACAGUAUGCCUUUAGCAUCAUUAGAAAAGAUUGUUCAAGCACUUUUGGACGUGAUGGUAUGUGGCUCUGCUUCAGUUGACAUGUCAAAUACAUGGAGAGCACGUUGGAUGGGGCUUGUUGCAAGUACAGCUUUUCAACAUAAUCCAGCAAUACAACCUAGAGCAUUUGUAACACUAGGAUGUUUAGCACGUGAAGAAGUUGAUGAUGAUCUUUUAUAUCAAAUCUUGGUAGCAUUAAGAGGAGCGUUGUUAAUGUUUACAGAAAAUGAUUGUUUGCUUAUAAUAAGCAUUGUUAUGUGUCUUACAAACAUUGUAGAAAACCUACCACCAGGUUCACGUUAUUUGUUACCAUUAUUUUGGCUAGCCAUCUCACUAGUUCAAAUUGGUCAUGUUCCAAUAUUUCCAAGUGCAAUAUCACUAUUACAAGAAGUUUUACGAACUUUAGACAACAAUAAUGUCUUUGAAAAUAAAGAUAUUUCUGAAAUACUUUUAAAUGCUAGAAUUCCAUUGGAAGAAAUCGGCGUUAAAAUGGACAGUGAAGCAGGGUUAAAUUUCGAAUAUUUUUCAUUCGCAAUUGCAGCUACACUACUUAAAGGAUUGAAAAAUCCAGUCACGAAAACUGGCACUCAAAGUUUAUUAACAUCAUUUUUAAACAUAGCAUCUAGAGUUGGGAAUAAACGUCGAGAUGAUAUUAUAGAUGCCAACAUGCUAGGUUAUCUUGCAGCAUUGUUACCGGUAUCGGCCAAGAAUCAGGAUAUGAAAGAAUUGUUAUGGCUUUGUGGAAUUAGUGAUAACGAGAUUGAUAAUUCCGAAUUAACAACAACCUAUUUUAAAAUCUAUGAUAAAUUGGACAUUCCAGAUAACGAGGCUGCUUUCCUAUUAAUUUCAUUGAUGAUAGCAAUUUUAAAUAAUGCAGAAAAUGAAUCUGAAAAAUUGUUUCUUUAUGGAUUUUUGGCUGAGGCUGCUAAAGCACUACCUGGCGUUUUUUCAUUAGUAUAUGACAGUUUGCUUCCAAAGAUGACACAUAUAAUAAACAAUUGUGAGACGAUACCGAUUCUUGAUUCAGUUCAAUCCAUUCUUUACACAAUUGUAUCAUCGGAAACUAAAUUUUCGUCAAAGGGUAAUAAAAAACAAAUGUCAUCGUAUCUUGAUAAUCUUGGAUUUUCAAAUUUGAUGGAAUGCGGUUCAUUUCAAGAUAUUACCAAAGAAAAAUUGAAAACAAAUGCGUUACUAGCAAGUGAUUUGGUUGAUAAAAUAAUAAAUGGAUAA